AUGCAUUUUUUUUCCUAUGAAAGAUUAGUAGAUUUUCAAAGAAGUCACUGUGAACUACUUAGAGGAAAAAUUUACAAAAUGAAAAGUAAGGUUCAUGGGCUACAAAACGAGCUGUCAGAAACCACAGAAGUAAAAUCACAGUUAGAGCAUCAGAAAGUAGAGUGGGAACGAGAGCUCAGCAGCUUGAGAUUCGCCUUAAAGCAAGAAGAAGAGAAGAGAAGAAAUGCUAAUAUGUCAUAUGAAAAAAUUAGGGAGCAGUUAAGAAGAAUAGAAGACAAACAUAGUAAAGAAAUUGAAAUGAAACAGCAAUUAGAAUUCAGUCUCCGAGCACUCGAAAUGGAACUGAAGACUGUGAGAAACAACUGGAAUCAGGCUUCUGCUGGUCAUGAAAAAGCAAAAGACCUGUUGUACAAAAACCACAUUCUGCAGGAAGAAAUUGCCAGCCUAAGACUGGAAAUAGAUGCAGUGAAAAGUCAGAACCUGGAAAAGGAAGAGAACUAUUUUGAGGACAUUGAAAUUGUCAAAGCAAAGAGUGAUGAUGCUCAAAAGGCGGUAAAACUGACUGAGGAAAUGUUAACAAAGACUAUAUCCCAGGAUACAGGCCAGCCUAAUGUUCUGGCAGCUGAGAAUAUGAUGCUAGUCUAA